AUGUACGGUCUUCUUGCCGUCGCCGUCCUCAGUGCUUCUAGUGCAGUUGCAACUCGCCUUGCUCUCAACGGAACUGGCAGAGCAUGUGGAACGUAUAUCUCCGAUGAACGACGAGCUGCUGCUGAGGGGCAUUUUCUCGAGAACAAAAUUUCAGCGUCGGCCCAGCCUACCAGCAUCAACCUGUACUGGCACGUUAUCGCCCAAGACAGCACUAUAAGUGGUGGAUAUCUUCCGGCAUCCCAGAUCGCGGAUUCAAUUAGUGUUAUGAAUGCGGACUAUGCCAAUACUAGCAUUUCUUGGGUUCUCGCUGGUACUGACUACACGAUCAACUCGGAUUGGUUUGCGAACGUCGGCCCUGACAGUUCUCAGCAAACUGCGAUGAAACAAGCCUUGAGAGUCGGGGGCGGAAAUGACCUCAACGUUUACACUGUCGGUUUCACCUCUGGCACUGGUGUUGGUCUUCUCGGGUACUCCACCUUCCCAUACAGCUACAGCGGCGCACCUCAGGAUGACGGGGUCGUCAUUCUCUUCUCUUCUGUUCCCGGUGGAAGCACUACCAAGUACAAUAAGGGCCGGACUUUAACGCACGAGGCUGGUCACUGGGUUGGUCUGUACCAUACGUUCCAAGAUGGCUGCAUUGGCGCUGGAGACUUGGUUGACGACACCCCCCCUGAGGCUUCACCUGCCUUCGGUUGCCCAACCGGGCGAGACACCUGUUCUGGUGGAGGUGUUGACCCCAUCCACAACUACAUGGACUACACUUACGACAGCUGCAUGAAUCAGUUCACAUCUGGGCAGGCAAAGCGUAUGGCUGACCAGGUCCUCACCUACCGUGGUAUCACAAUAUGA